AUGUCAUUGAAGGAGAACACGACGACGACUGUGGCGGUUCACCACAACAACGACAAAGAGGAGGGUUCCAGAUCUAAAACUUCGAUGACGUAUUUAAGUGUUAUCGUUGAUGGUCGGAGGCUGCGACGUGGAGGUGUCGUCGGCGGCCGUCGACAAUGGUGGAUGUGGUGGUGUUCAUCGGAGAUGGUUGAAGGAGGUGAGAGGAUAUUUAUUUUCUUUUGGGAGAAUAAUGAAGAAAUGACUUCAUAUAAUCAUCAUCUCCAGGUGCAACUACUUUGGGUUAAUUUGGUUACCGAUGGAUUACCAACUACAACUAUUGGCUUCAAUAAACAAGAUCAACAUGUUAUGAUGAAGGCUAAACCUCGAAAUAUUUGCAAGAAUUUGUGGAAAAUAUUGAAGAUGUGA